AUGCUUCGUGUUCCAUUCGUUGCCAAACAUGGCCUACAAUGUACCAUAAGGCCUUCUAGAACAUUCUGUACGUCGAUGAUCCCUCGAAUCAGACACAAGGGUACCUACAAAUCGGAAGACUCCACCGUGGAGACCGAUGAGAUCAUUUCUGAGAAUAAUCCUUGGUCUCCAACGCUUUACAACGAUAUAGUCCGCGUGAGAGAAGGAUGGAGAAAUGUUGCUCUACCCGAAAACUACCGGCUCCUGUACGAGCCGCUCUAUGAAGCUCCCGGAUCCAAAUACGUCGCUAUGCUUAAGAGACUUACGCUUUCCUUUGCAGUGAUUGGAGUUUACGGUGCCAAACUCUUUUACGAGCUGGUACAAUUCGAUGAUGUGUAUGCUUUGGGUACAAUAAUCGGUACGUGGGCACCUGCAGUGGCCGUACAAUAUAAGACUAGGGAUUAUGUCACGAGAGUGUUCAGAUUGUACGACAAGACCAAGCCACAAACGUUGGAGAACUUGGUGAACGACGAGAAACUCAUCAUGGAGAAGUUAUCAGCCACUGGAGGCAAGACAUACAACACUCUCUUAACCAUUUCGGGAAACAGCACCCUCAAGCUCUGUGGAGAUGAACAGUCGACGUUUGCUCCGUACCAAAGCUGGGAAGCCCACGGCGAAAAUGGGAAGCAGUACUACUACGUGGUGGAUAACGUGGGAGGCAUGAAGAUGGACCGAUUGUGGGGGAUUGUGGAACACAAUCUGGGGGUUGACAAUGGAAGGUAUAUUGCAGAGGCAGCCGUUGAGACGAAGUAA